AAAAAAACAUAAAUCACAUCAAUAUCACAACAUUUGAGUCAAAAGACUUUCUCUUCCUUAUUCAGACAAACAAUCUCUUCCAAGUCAACACCCAUUAUCUCAAAACAUGGAAAACCCAAGUUAUUUUCUUAAAUAAACCCAAGAAAAUCACUGUUUUUCAAUGAAAGAUCCAAUCUUUAUGGAGAAAACCAAGAAUAUGAGUGACCAAGAUGCUUUGAUUACAACUAUAUGCAACUCUAUACAAGCUUUAGGUAGAGGUUUUGAUGUUACCUCAGAUAUUAGACUUCUUUAUUGCAAAGGGACUCCUGGGGCUCGUUUGGUUAAAGUUGAUGAUGGGGAGACUAGAGAUCUUGUUUUUUCUCAUGGGGUUGUGGUUCCUAAUGUUCCUGUUGAUAUUGAUUGUUCUCAAGGGGAAAGGGGCAUGGAGAACACUCCUGUGCUUAGCUUCAAUGAGAUGGCGAUAUUCUUCAAUCAGAAAUCCAAUCUAUUUGGAAAUGUUCCACUGGGAAGCUUUAAUGCCAUGUUCAAUUUGACUGGUUCCUGGCAACUUGACGAAGCAUCAACAAAAUCUCUUGCAAUGAUUGGUUUUGUCAUUCCACUAUAUACAGUUGAAUUGACAAAUUUAGAUCUGGUUUUGCAUGAGGACGUCAAGCGUGCUGUUCCGUACUCUUGGGAUCCUGCAUCUUUGGCUAGCUUUAUCGAAAAUUAUGGAACACACAUUGUCACCUCAGCAACAAUCGGGGGCAGAGAUGUAGUUUAUAUCAGGCAGCAUCAGUCCUCACCAUUGUCAGUAUCAGACAUAGAGAACUACGUGAAAGACAUUGAAGAACAGAGGUACUCGGAAUCAAAUAAUCCAAGUACUGGCCCCUUAAAGUACAAGGAUAAGGAUGUCACAGUUAUCUUCAGAAGACGAGGUGGUGAUGAUCUUGAGCAAAGUCACGUGAAAUGGGCAGAUACUGUAGAAACAGCACCUGAUGUGAUCAACAUGUCAUUUACCCCAAUUGUCUCAUUGCUUGAGGGGGUGCCUGGGAUAAAGCACCUAGCUCGUGCAAUCGAAUUAUACUUGCAGUACAAGCCUCCAAUUGAGGACUUGCAAUAUUUCUUAGAAUUUCAAAUCUCUCGAGUUUGGGCCCCUGAACUAAGUAAUCUUCAGGGAAAGGAUCCUGUGUGUCAAUCCCUUCAUUUCAGUUUGAUGGGACCUAAGCUUUAUAUAAGUCCAAAUCAGGUCACAGUUGGACGAAGGCCCGUAACUGGACUUAGACUUACCCUAGAAGGCAGCAAGCAGAACCGUCUUGCUAUCCAUUUGCAGCACCUGGUUUCUCUUCCUAAAAUUCUCCAACCCCACUGGGAUUCACACAUGGCUAUAGGUGCACCAAAGUGGAAAGGUCCCGAGGAGCAAGACAGUCGUUGGUUUGAACCCAUAAAGUGGAAGAACUUUUCCCACGUAAGUACGGCACCUAUAGAACAUACUGAGACGUACAUUGGAGAUCUCUCUGGUGUUUACAUUGUCACGGGGGCACAGUUUGGUGUAUGGGAUUUUGGAGCCUCAAAAAGUGUGUUGCACCUGAAACUACUCUUCUCGAAAGUACCUGGAUGUACAAUUCGUCGAUCAGUAUGGGAUCAUAGUCCUUCCAAUAUCUCUAGUGUACAGAGGUCUAACGGUGCUUCGUCAUCGUCACUCAUAAAUGAACGAAACUCUGAUGAUAUGAAGGUGGAGGGUUCAGGCCAAGCUGGGAAACUUGCCAAAAUAGUUGACACAACAGAAAUGUCGAAGGGGCCUCAAGAUGUUCCAGGUCACUGGUUAGUUACAGGGGCUAAGCUUGGGGUAGACAAAGGAAGAAUAGUUUUGCGCGUAAAAUACUCUUUACUGAAUUACUAAUUAGGCUGUUCUAUGACUGUACUUACCUCUUUUUUUUCUUCUUUUUUUUAUUAGAGAGCAUAGCUAAGCAUUCUUUGCACAGGUUGUUGAAUAUUUUGUUUCUGUAGCAAUUUCUUCUUUUUAUUAUUUGUACAUUCUAGUGGAUGUUUGAGUAAAUUUAUCUGUUACAGGAUUACAGCCA